UUCAACAACUGACCAAAUCGAGGGGCGACGGGGAGGGAGGUGACCGUCGAGAAUGUCAGCCAGUGCAUGAUAGAAACAGUAGGGAACAGGGAGAAGUAUCUGGAUAUGGGGACGGUCAACGAGCUGAAGAGCAAAUUGACCGGCUUGGUAUGUACCCCGCUGGACAGGAACCCGGGCGAGACACUGGUGCUCUGCCCAUUGCUGUACCAUGAAGCGAUGCUUACCACGUUUGUAUGCAACACCGGUUACAAGAUCAUGGAGAUAGAUGAAGCAACGAUUGUCGAAAGGAUGAGUAGUGAUGUGACAACGUCUGAGUUGAAGCAGUUCGUGAAGAUAGACAAGAAGGGAACAUUUGGAUGUGCUUACGUGCAACCGAAGCACAAGGACCUGGACAGAUAUCGUCCUAUCUGCCCAUCCUACGGUGAGCCGACGGUAAGGACAUCGAGAGCAGCAGUGAAGGCUCUGAAUCAUCUACUCUACUCACUACCAGCGAAGUGGCACUUUAACCUGAAAUCAGUGUCGGACCUGGUACCCAGGAUAGAGCAGAUUAAUAAGAAGAUCCAACGGCUACCCAAACGUGACCUGCAGACAUCCGCGAUGUCCUAUGACAUCAAGGAUAUGUUCAGUAAACUGCCUCAUACGGAUAUUCUGGAGGCAGUUGAUUGGAUUGUCGAUCACUACCGAAGGAGCGGAAAGAAGUCAGUACGAGUGAACACGAGCGGACGAGGGAGCUCGUUUGGACGUACCACACGCGCAGAUCAUUGGCGAAAGAUAGUUCGGGAGGAUCUGAGGCGGUUUGUUGAAUUUGAUCUCCGAUACACAUACAUUACAGCUACAGGAGUCCUCUUGAGACAUGUGGUCGGCAUUCUGAUGGGGAAAAGCACCAGCCCACCACUGGCGUGCAUUAUGUGCGCACACGCGGAGUUCAAGUUCCUCAGCGAGCAAAGAAGUCAUCGGUCUAGUGUGUUUGGUAUCCGGCUUAUCGACGAUUACGUGCAGAUCGCGGGAAUAGCUUGUUUGGAUUGGUAUUGCAUGGUAGAUAGGAACAGGGCCCGCAGAGCAAGAGGACACUUGGGAAUGCAUUGCCCACAAUCAAGUACUGGUUCGAACGCAGGUUCGGGGGGGAGGCAACCACAACUAAGACAAUCAAUGUUAGUCGAGGCGGACAACAAGCCAGGGGUUUGGUACAUUAACUCAGCACAAUACAGAGGUUGGAUCUUCGACGACAAUCUGGAGAAGCCAAGAUGGAUAUGGGUCCUGAGCGGUACACCCACGCUGAAGCCAGACAUCUACCCACCUUACAAUAGCUGCUGGAGACUUGCAGGGGCAAAGCGUAUGGAGGACAAAGAUGUGGGAUACAUCCACAAACCGAUGAUAGACGAGGACACAGUUCUGGAUGACAAACAGCGUUUGCAGACCAUGGCCGAACUGCAUAAGCUGGCGCAAGAAGCUGAAAUGGCCUUGUUAGAGAACAAAAGAGCGAGGGAGGAGGCUGAGAAAUCAGCGGAGGGGGGCAAGGGGAGAGAGGAAGAAGAAGAAGUGGGGGGCAACAAAACCUCGAGUCAAAGUGAGGGACUGCGCGGGGAGGGGACAGGAGAGACAAGGAUCAGCAAGGCAAGAGAGGAGGGGGAUUCACAGGGGGCAUUCAAAAGGAAGAUGAGUGACAGAGAAACAUCUACGGGAGGUAUUGCGAGCCACGACACAAAAAGAUCUCAUACGGGCAAGAGGGAAGAGGAAGCUUCAGUGUCGCAGGGCCAAGUCCAUGGAUCGGGCACGAGAGAAGAGGGACAAGGGGAGGCUAAGGCACAGGGUGAGGGGAUGGACAUAACUCCAUCGGAGGCAGAAGAGGCAGAGGAUUCGUCAUCUUCUUCUUCGGAUCAACACACACGCCCAGGCUCACCAUCAGCAGGUAACAGCCCAUCAAGCAGAGCAAGGAUGGACAGCGGGGAAAACGUAAGGGCAGAUCCACCGAAGGACUCAAAAGGAGAUAUGGAUAGCGGGGAGGAUGUUAGAAUGUCACAGGACUCAGGGGAAGACACAGGAGAAUACACAGGAGAAGACACUGAAGGGGAGGAAUGGGAGGAUGCGAAGGAGGAGGAGGAACUGGAAAUGCUAGGCCAGUGGAUCAGAACGGUACACAAGCUGAAGUGGGAAAGACACGUCGAAUGUGAAGUACGUCUGGCACAUCAUAAGCAUCUACGCAACCUGAAGCAGGCUACUUCAGCUGGGGAUGAUAUUACCUCAACAAACAGAUUUAAAUGGUUGAGGAAAGAGCAGGAGGUCAAUGAGUUCUACGCAUCACAGUAUGCUUGGAAGGCCCACCCAAACAACAACGACAUUUUGGUACACAACGGGAACUACGCCAAGCAGUUCACAUGGCCCAAAACGUACCAUCCUCAGGGAUUGAAAAGGUCAGAGCAAAAAAGGAAAGCGCAGCAAGAAUCAGAAAGCCCAGCCCAAGGGACGGAGGAAAAGGAGCAGAUCGAGGAGGAGAUGAGACAAGCAGCAAUCCUGAAGGCACAAAUCAAUGUCCUCAAGGAUCAAAACACGGAAUUGGAAGAGGAUACCAUCAAUCUGCUAAAAAUAGCCUACUCUCCACAGGCUGACAUAAACGCAGCAGCCAAGCUCUUCGCAAGGCACAAUCCGRGGAGGAGAGUCAUCAUACCRUACCSMUGGAACARCGGAWACUCGGACUGGGAGGUGGCCAUACACAAGACAUUGGCCCUAAUCGUUACAAAGGACAGUCACUGCUCACAGGAAAGGCUCAAGGAACAGAUCUCAGGAGAUCUCCCGGACAGGGCUCAGGUGGUAGGGAGCCUUUCCCAAGAUCGGGAGGAGUGGGAGGACACGGCAGGUGGGAUGCAAACAGUUGACUACAGGCCCAUUCUACUCAGAAUGCAAGAGAAGGCAAAGCUGGCGGAGGGAUUAAUAUGGAUGUCUUGGCAAGUGGUGGAGGCAAUACCAUACGGACUAUUGGGAGGCACAGAGGCAGCGGAAUGGGUGGCUAGGGGAGCAGCGAUCCUCACCAAGACAGAUGUUUUCUCGGGGACGCCAGAGGGCAUGGACACUUGGUUAGCAGACGUGGCGGCUGAUUGGGAGUGGCCACAAGAGGGCUCGUGAAGAAAAGCUCGUUAGUGGACCAUAUUCAAGGAAUAAUAUAAAUAGCAGGGGUAGUGAUGGAGGAUAGAACCAAGAGAAGAAGAUUAUCGUCACGAGAGGGGGGAAGGGAACCGGAAAUCAGAAUUGUGUCUUGGAACGUUAAUGGCAUGGCACAGAUUUUAGACAAUAAGGAUAAAUGAAAUAAUUUAUU